GCGGGGCUGAGCGGCACCUGCGCCCCGCGGGCCGGGCGGCGGCGGCGGCCGGAGGGCGGUGAGGGUGAGUGACUGAUACACUGGAGGAAGCUGUUCCCUGGACAGUCCUGGAGACAGAGCAGAUUGCCCUGGUACCCUGUCCCUCCGUGCUGCUGCAAUGAGCGGGAAGUCCUUGCUCCUGAAGGUGAUUCUCCUUGGAGAUGGUGGAGUGGGGAAGAGCUCCCUCAUGAACCGCUACGUCACCAACAAGUUUGACUCGCAGGCGUUCCACACCAUUGGGGUGGAGUUCUUGAACCGGGACCUGGAGGUGGACGGGCGCUUUGUGACCCUGCAGAUCUGGGACACUGCGGGCCAGGAGAGGUUCAAGAGCCUGCGGACGCCCUUCUACCGGGGAGCAGACUGCUGCCUGCUCACCUUCAGCGUGGACGACCGGCAGAGCUUCGAGAACCUCAGUAACUGGCAGAAGGAGUUUAUCUAUUAUGCUGAUGUGAAGGACCCUGAACACUUCCCAUUUGUAGUCCUGGGCAACAAGAUAGACAAACUGGAGAGGCAGGUGAGCACAGAGGAGGCCCGGGCCUGGUGCAUUGAAAACGGUAACUAUCCCUACCUGGAGACUAGUGCCAAGGAUGACACCAAUGUGACAGUGGCCUUUGAGGAAGCUGUGCGGCAGGUGCUGGCGGUGGAGGAGCAGCUGGAGCACUGCAUGCUGGGCCACACCAUUGACCUCAACUCCAGCUCCAAAUCAGGCUCGGCCUGUUGCUGAGAGUGGCUGCUGCUGCUUUGGGAGCAGCUGGAUCAAACACCCUGGGCAGCCCUGGGCCUCUCUGAGGAGAGUGGCCACAAGGACAAGAGGUGGUUUGCUCACUGGGGAGCUGCAGCCUCACCAUCUGAAUCCUGCCUGGGGUUUUCAGGCACAGAGCAUGUAUCUGCAGGAGGGAGCUGUUAACAGAGCAUGUGAGCAUAGUCUUGCUUUCAUCUCUGCCUGAGCAGGUUUAAAGGGCUGAGUUCAAGUCCUUUAAAUUCCCUAAAGACAAUAGGGAUUUGUUCUCUACCAAGAACUGCCUGCAGAGCAAAGCUGAGAGCAUCCUAGACAUUGAAGUAUUUUAGUCCUGAAAUAAAAAAAAAAAAUAGACCCACUCAUGACCAUACUGCCAAAGGAAAUCCCACUCAACAUACUGAACAAAACCUGUCCUAAAGACUCUGGCCCAUGUGACUGUGAGAAAGCCAAAUAGUGGAGUGGCUGGGAUGUGUGUCUGUUGUUUGGGAUAAAUGUAUUGUGUUCUGAGGUUGAAAUGUGAUAAGAAUUGUUAGAGCUCUGACCAGAAGCAACAUGUGAAGGAGAGAGGGGCCUGUGUUUGAAUGUGACAGUAUUGUUUCUUCAUAGCUGCCUAUUUCUGGUCUGUUUUUCCUCACCUCUAACUUUGUCUUGUGUGAGUGUUAUAUUUUGGAGAGACUGCUUGUUGUUUAAUACAUGUUUCCUUGUCUCUUGUGGAAGCUCAGCCUUGAAGCCCUGGGUGAAAAACACCGAUGUGGAUGUUCACUGGGUCAUGUCAAAGGGUUACUCAGGAGAUCUGGAGUGUGACACUUCAGCUGGUUUCUGUCACAAGUGAUCAUUGUGUUCAGGUGAUGUGCUCUAGCAGGCCAGAUGGCAGGUGGGUGGGCUGUCUCCUGGGUGUGCAGGUGGCUCAUGUGUGGUCAGCUGUUAAACCCACUCUGUCUGGCACCUGUGACCACUGUGCCUCAUCAGCUGGCACAGCCACACCUUCAGUUGCUCGAGCAUGGAUGUUCCCAUGAAUGCUGCAGUGUGGAACCAUUCACCUGGUGUGUCAGGGACAGUUAGCCGGGCCCUUGAUCCCUCAUAGGAAACCCAGGAUGUUUUAUCUGUAAUUCCUGUGACAGACUGCUCAAGUGUCUGCUAACAGACUGCUGUGUUCAGUGCUGUGGGGAGAAAGCUGCACUGCUUUCUCUGUUCAAGGUGUGGGCAGCCCAAGGAGCCUUCUAGAAGGGAUGCCAGGCUUUGCUCCCAUCUCCUGCCCUCUGCUAGGUGUUAGUCCCAGGCUGGCUGUGUAGCAGAGAUGAGCUUGCUGGCUGCUGCCUUUGCCAUUCAAACCCCGAGCCCUGCAACCUCCCGUGCAAGCAUUUGGCCAAAGCUGUGGCUGCCCACAGGCACGUAGGAGCCUGCCCCGAGCACGUAUCCACUGGCUGCCCAGUGAUUCCCACUGUGAUCAGCUGCUGGAUGGUGAAUUUUAUAGCUCAAAUCAAGCAACCCUCCCUUAAGCUGUGCUUUAGAGCAGGGCAGUCCCUGCCCUGUGCUGGCAGCUUGUCCCCAUCACAGCACAGUCUCUGAGCAUGCAGAGCAUGAGCAUUUUCCCCCAUUUCUUCUGGGGUAACCCAGGGAGAUACUGCCCUUGUCUGCAGGGCAGCUGUGUGUGGAAGGGACUGGAGUAUUAAUGCUUUAGGGGGAUCUAAUUUCUAAACAGGCCAGUUGUAUUCAUGGGGAGUGAAUGCUAUUCAGGCAGCUCCCUGAAGGCAAAGGUUCUGCCUCUGUAGGUGAAAGAUUUUUACAGGAUAUUAUUGUUACUGUUUAUUUAACCGUGUCUGACCUCCUGAGGCCUCUGGAUUUUUUCUUCAUUAGCACUGCUUGAUAUUUCCUUCAAGGUCCCAGGCUCUGUGACCUGUGCUUCCAGUUUCCAUCCCUGAACAGGCACAGGGGCUUAGGGUGAGAACAGACUCAGGUCCCUGUGUG